GAAGGAGAUUGAGAAUUGUGAUUGCUUGCAAGGCAUACAGGAAAGAUUCCAAUUCAUGGUGAUGCUUCUGCCAAAGCCACUUUAUAUAGGGAUAGAUUUCUCUUGUUGCUCCAGAGGCUUUCUUGUGAUCAGCAUUUCUAAGCCUGCAUUUGAUACUGAAAGGUCUCAGUUCGGCAGUUGUGAGAUAUCUCCAAUUCAGAGUCUCAUUGGGCUAACAGGGAGAAGAUGGGUCAUGGGCGUUGUAUGUCAGUCAGAGGAUGGCCAUUUCUACUUGGAAGACCCCUCACUAGAGCAGUUGAAAUCAAUUUGUCUAAUGCAAUAUUUUCUUCACGUUUAUAUUUUUCCCUUUCGAGAGACUUAUUGUCUAUUUUGAAUGCUUGGAUUUUGGUUGCCCUAUAAUCUCCAAAAACGAAAGUUCUCAUCGUAAGCCUUUUUAAAUAAUGAAAAAUAAUGCAUGAAUGUUGAGAUUUUUGCAAA